AUGUCUCCACCAAUGCCAACUGGUAAAGGAGGAAAGAAGGACUCGGCUACUGCCAGAAUCGCAGGGUCAGCUACUGCAGGAAUUCUCGAAUUGCUUGGUUUCCACCCUGUAGACACAGUCGCAAAGCGACUCAUGACAAAUCAGGCAAAGCCCUUUGCAAAUGGUGCUACAUUCGGUGAAGGCAUGAGCACUCUCAACAAAAUCAUCUUCAAAAAUGCAGCAGACAAGGGCUUCUUUGCCAAAUGGGGUGCUCUCUUCCCAGGUCUGGGAUGGGCUGCUGGAUACAAGGUUUUGCAACGAGUCUACAAGUUUGGUGGUCAACCCUACGUCAACGACUACUUGAACAAGUACCACAAGUCUACAUUCGAGAACUUGUUUGGUGUUGGGACUGGAAAGACCAUCAUGCAUGCUACUGCUGGCAGUUUGGUGGGCAUUGGUGAAAUCGUCCUGCUCCCAUUGGACGUCCUCAAAAUCAAGAUGCAAACAAACCCACAAUCGAUUCAAGGAAAGGGUAUCAUGGAAAUCGUUUCACAGGAAGGAAUGGGAUUAUACAGGGGAGCAACAUGGACCGCCGCCCGUAACGCUCCAGGAUCAUUCGCACUUUUCGGUGGUUCAGCAGUCACAAAAGAAUAUCUCUUUAAAUUGGACGACUAUUCUAAAGCUACAUGGGGUCAAAACUUUGUCGCUUCUAUUGCUGGUGCUAUUUCUUCGAUCGCUGUUUCUGCUCCUCUGGACGUCAUCAAGACCCGUAUUCAAGCCAAAUCAGCAGCUGAAGCUGAAUCUGGUUUAACCAUUGUCAGCAGGAUGAUUGCCAAGGAAGGAUUUGGGUCCUUCUUCAAGGGACUUACACCAAAGAUUCUGGUUGUGGGUCCUAAACUCAUCUUCUCCUUCACUGUGGCUCAGAGCUUAAUUCCAUUCUUUGGUCAACUUUUGGAUAAGCCAUCCACACCAGCAGCUGCCAAGGCAUAG